CACAGCUUCAGAACUGGGCAUGCUCAGUGAUAGCAGGUCUCGCAUGCCAGCAGUAAAGUUUGGUGCUUAAUUAGACCUGCGGCUCCAGUCUGGCUGCCUGCCGUUGGCUCUCAGGGUUCCCUACGCCGGUGCAGUGGAGUGGGAGGGGGUGCUUUUAAGGAGCUUGGUAGUUACUGGAGAUGACCGGCCAGGAUCUUCUCUGACAACCCUGCUCCUUCGUCCAGUGCACGGCCGAGGGGCCUGUCCAUCUGGGAGUCCCCCUCGCCCCCCGGUCGGUCCCGCUGUCCUGGCAGGCGGAUCUCACUUUUUAGUCGGCCCGGAGCGAAGCUGCGCAGAUAUGGAGCAGAGCAGAAGGCACCGGGAACUGCUUAUUCUCAUGCAACUGGUCCUCGCGCCAUUCUCCGGAGGAGAUUUCAGUGAUAUGUUACAAGAAAGAAUACCAUACCCGACACCCACAAGGCUUCCUUCUUCAGAGAUUUUGCCAGCUAAAGCAUCUGAUGUCCUUCCAACUAACAUGGACAUUGCUAGUCUGCUGCUUACUUCAGAGUUGUCUGGGAAUCCAAACACAAGACAUGCAAAGACCCCUGCGAUAGUGCCUGAAAAAGCAAACAGCCUCUUAUCUCUUGCCUUUAAGCACACAAUAGGACAUAUAAUACUUUCUGAACAUAAAGAUGUCAAAUUCAAUUGCUCAAUCAGUGUGCCCAAUGUGUAUCUAGAAACUGCAUUUAUCUCUUGGUGGAAAGAUGGGAAAGAGCUCCUGAGGCCUCAUCGUGUGAUCACACAGUUUUACUCAGAUGAUGAAUUUACAUCAAUUAUUGAAACUUUCAGCAUAAGCAAUGUGCAACGUUCUGACAAUGGCUCGUACUUUUGCAAAUUAAGAAUAAAUAGUGAUGAAGUCGUAUCUGAGCCCAUCUACAUUGAAGUACAAGGACUUCCUUAUUUUAUUAAACACCCAGAAAGCAUGAAUGUUAGCAAAAACACAGCCUUCAAUCUCACCUGCCAGGCCGUGGGACCUCCUGAACCUGUCAAAAUUUUUUGGGUUCGAAAUAGCAGUCGUGUUACUGAGAAGCCAGAAAAAUCUCCUUCUGUUCUAACAGUCUCUGGUCUUACUGAACCAGCAACAUUUAGUUGUGAAGCUCACAAUGAUAAAGGGUUGACUGUAUCAAAAGAAGGACAGGUUAAUAUAAAAGCCAUUCCCUCUGCCCCAAGUGAAGUCAGCAUCAAGAAUAGCACUGCACAUACCCUCCUGAUCUCAUGGGUGCCAGGAUUUGAUGGAUAUUCCCCCUUCAUCAACUGCAGCAUUCAUGUCAAGGAAGUCAGUCCAUUGACUAAUGCAUCAGUCAUGAUCUUCAAUACAUCUGCAUCACCUCAUCUAUAUCAAAUUCAGCAGCUGCAAGCUUUGACUAAUUAUAGCAUUGGUGUUUCCUGCAUGAAUGAAGUAGGGUGGUCUCAAGUGAGCUCUUGGAUUCUGGGCAGUACAACUGAAGGAGCUCCAUCAGCAUCACCUCUGAAUGUUACAGUAUUUCUGAAUAGAUCCAGUAAUAAUUUAGAAGUAAGAUGGGAAAAACCUCCACUUAAGCGCCAGGAUGGUGAACUCAUGGGCUAUAUGAUACUGUACACGUGGCAGGAUGCGGAGUCAUCUCAGGAGCAUUCCAAAGAAGUUGAUCAGGAUGACAGCUUUGCAUUUAUUUCUGUGUUAGCCACUAAUACCACAUGUACAGUGAAGAUUGCUGUUGUCACUAAGGGUGGAGUUGGGCCUUUCAGUGAUCCAGUGCAUGUAUUCAUUCCAGCUAAUGAUUUAAUAGAUUUUGCACCUUCUUCAACUCCUGCACCAGGGAAUACAGAUCCAAUCAUAAUCAUUCUUGGAUGUUUCUGUGGAAUUAUUCUUAUUGGACUAAUUCUUUAUAUAUCUCUAGUUAUUAGAAAGAGAUUACAAGAAACAAAGUUUGGGAAUGCCUUCAGAGAGGAGGAUUCAGAAUUGGUUGUAAAUUAUAAACCAAAGAAGUCUUUCUCUCGACGAGCUAUUGAACUCACCUUGAGAAGUUUGGGGGUCAGUGAGGAAUUACAGGAUAAACUGGAAGAUGUUGUGAUUGACCGGAACCUCCUGACUCUUGGAAAAAUUCUGGGAGAAGGAGAGUUUGGGUCUGUAGUGGAAGGAAAUCUUAAUAAAGAAGAUGGAACAUCUCAGAAAGUAGCAGUAAAAACCAUGAAGUUGGACAACUUUUCCCAGAGUGAGAUAGAAGAAUUUCUCAGUGAAGCAGCCUGCAUGAAAGACUUUGACCACCCCAAUGUCAUCAGACUCCUAGGUGUAUGUUUAGAAAUGAGCUCUCAGCGCAUUCCAAAGCCAAUGGUUAUUCUGCCCUUCAUGAAGUAUGGUGAUUUGCAUACCUAUCUGCUUUACUCACGAUUGGAAACAGGACCAAAGCAUGUACCUCUGCAGACCCUACUGAAAUUCAUGGUAGAUAUUGCAUUGGGAAUGGAGUAUCUGAGCAAAAGGAAUUUUCUUCAUCGAGAUCUAGCUGCCCGAAAUUGCAUGUUACGAGAUGAUAUGACUGUGUGUGUAGCUGAUUUUGGUCUCUCUAAGAAAAUUUAUAGUGGUGAUUAUUACCGCCAAGGUCGUAUAGCCAAGAUGCCUGUAAAGUGGAUUGCCAUAGAAAGUCUUGCAGAUCGUGUCUACACAAGCAAAAGUGAUGUGUGGGCCUUUGGAGUGACCAUGUGGGAGAUAGCCACCCGAGGGAUGACUCCAUAUCCUGGGGUGCAAAACCAUGAAAUCUAUGACUAUCUUAUUCAUGGCCACCGACUGAAGCAGCCUGAUGAUUGUUUGGAUGAACUGUAUGAAAUAAUGUUCUCUUGCUGGAGAGUUAAUCCCUUGGACCGACCUACCUUCUCAGAGUUAAAACUCAGACUAGAAAAGCUCUUGGAAAAUUUGCUUGAUGGCCAGGAAAAAGCAGAUGUACUUUACAUUAAUACACGACUUUUGGAGGACUAUGAAGGAAUGGUAGAAGACCCUGUGUUCACUCAGAUGGACAUGGACAUUGAUCCCAACUAUAUCAUGGCCUCCUGUGCUCCCAAGCCUGAUUCUAGUGUGGUCACAGUAGAAGUACAUGAAAAUCAUCUCAAUGAAGAACGAUAUAUCCUGAAUGGAUUGAAUGAAGACUGGGAAACUCUUGCUUUGACUGCUCCCCCGUCAGUGACUCCUGAACAAAUGAAUACAGUUUUAUUGGAGGACAAAGUUUUGAGGAAUGGAGCAACAUGGUCACAGUCUAGCACUUUGCCAAUGGGCAACACAUUACAUGAUCAGCUGUUGUAUGCAGAUGAUUCCUCAGAAGAUUCUGAGGUUCUGAUGUGAAAGAGGUACAGCAGUCAGACUUGGGGGGAAUGAGAGGUUAUGGAUGAGAAAGGUUUAUAAAUGAUUUAUUGUCUGAGAUGUUUGUCUUUCAUCAAAGAAAUGGUCUAGCCAUUUGGAUGUUGACUAAUUAAGUGGCCACUAAAAUAUAUAAUACAUAUAUAUAUAUAUAUUUGUAUAAAGAAAAAUAUGUGUAUAGAAAGAGAGUCAGAGAUUUUAUUUUAUUAAAAAGUGAUCUAUUUUAUGUCACCAUCUCUUGUAGAUAUGAAAAUUUAGGUUUAAAAAAUUUCAUAUUGGCAAUGGCUUUUUUUCAUAUCAAGUAUAAAAGUUUUAAAGAUAAGCUGUUAAUGUUUUCUUUUUUUUCUUUUUGUACAUUAAUAAUAAUAAAUUUGUACAGUAAAAUUUUAA